CAAAGCUAGAAAUAUCACCCUCUCAACAAAGCAAUGACAAUUUGUCUUCCUCCAAACAAAGCAGCUUAGAAAUCAACCUGACAGAUCUUCCCGAAGAUCCAGGACUACGACCUCAGAUCAUGGAUUAUGAUCCCAACAACCGAGACCAAAUCCGUCGGGCAUAUCUUGAAAGGGGCCCUUGUCAACCUCGUAACCAUAUUUAUCCUCAAAAAAGAAUUGGAAAAACCAUCUUACGGUUCAAUCAGUCCUGGUUUAAUGAAUUCCCUAAUUGGUUAGAGUAUAGCAUAGCAAAAGAUGCUGUGUUUUGUCAAUAUUGUUAUCUUUUCAGACCAGAUAAUGGAACUAAGGUGCGUGGUCAAUCUUUCGUUAGCAGAGGCUUCUCAUCUUGGCAGAAGAAAGAAAAGUUGCGAACUCAUGUGGGAGGCCAUAAUAGUGCUCAUAACCAAGCCUGGUCUAAAUGUCAAGACUUGUUGGGCCAAAAGCAGCUUAUUCAGGAGAUUUCUCCUAAACAAUCAGACCUCACUCAAAAUGUCCAAGCCUGGUCUAAAUGUCAAGACUUGUUGGGCCAAAAGCAGCUUAUUCAAGUGAUUUCUCCUAAACAAUCAGACCACACUCAAAAUGAAUUCCAAACCUUCUUGAAAGCAUCAAUUGAUUUAGUUCGAUGCUAUCAAAGGCAGGGAUUUCUCUUCCGUGAUCCCGAACAUUACUUAUUUGAUAUAAGUAAUGAAGGGUUAUUUCUUGAUCUGUUAAAGUUUAUUGCUGACAAAAAUGAAGACAUCAAAGCGGUACUUGCAUUGGACGAUGAUCCUCAAAAUCUUGAAUUGGCAGCUGCUGAUCUUCGGAAGGAUAUUGUGAGUGUGGCUGCAUUUGAAACAGUCAACGAGAUUAUUAGAGAUCUGGGUGCUGGACCGUUCUCUAUUUGGAUUGACGAAACCCGUGACAUCUCAAACAAGGAUCAAAUGGCAGUUGUGCUAAGGUAUGUUGACAGAAAGGGGCAAUUAAUUGAACACUUUUUGGGUAUUGGUCAUGUUACAAAUACUGAUGCUUUCUCACGCAAGACAGCAGUGGAAGAGUUAUUUAGUAGGCUAGGACUUAGUAUUUCUAGAUUGCUCGAGCAGGGUUACGGCGUGGCUGAUAAUGUGCAUGAAGAUUUAAAUGGUCUCGAAGCACUUAUAAUUGAAGAAAAUCCAUGUGCAUAUUGUGUUCACUUUUUUGCUUAUAAACUUCAAUCAGCUCUUGUUGAUGUGUCAGCGAAUAAUAUUGAGAUCCCUGUAGUCUUUUACUGUGUCUCUAGAGUCGUGAAUGUUGUUGGAGCUUCAUGCAAAAGUCAAGACAUUCUUUGGGCGAAACAAGCUGCAAAAAUUGUUGAGGCACUUACUAUUGGAGAGCUUUCAAGCUGCCAAAGCUUAAAUCAGGAGACCCGAGGUGACUAUUCUGGUGAAACAUGUUGUGGCUCACACUAUACUGCAUUGGUUAACUUGAUCGAUAUGUUCGCAGCUGUGAUUGAGGAGCUUGACGUGAUUUUGAAGGAUGGUUCAUUUGUAGAAGACCGAGUAAAAGCACAUAUCUUGUUGAGUGUGAUGCUAACAUUUGACUUUGUAUUCAGUCUUCAUUUGCUGAAAACAAUAUUGGGAAUUACAAAUGAGUUGUCACUGACAUUGCAAACGAGGGAUAACGGUACUGUGAACGCAGUGGAAGUACUUGAAAUGACCAAAAGGCGAUUUCUCAUGAUGAGGGAGAGUGGUUGGACCUCCUUACUUGAUGAUGUUUCCUCAUUUUGUGCAGAGUAUGAAAUUGACGUUCCUAAUAUGGAUGAUCUGUAUACUGAAAAAGGGCGAAGAAGAGGUGAAGUUCUGGAGGUUAUGAACUUGCAAUACUACAAGUUCGAGUUUUGCAGGAGAACUGAUAAAGGGCUAUGUUCGAAGCAUGCUGAUGCCUCUGGUUUGUUCGAGAAAUUGAUUGGGACACCGGAACCAAUACUUGUUUCUGGAGACAGCCUAUUGCUUUACUGUAUUUGGACAUGUCUCUACCUGAAGAUUUAGAGGUUUUAGUCUAGUUUGCCCCCAAAUUUUCUUCUUCAUCCGCAUCAAUGAGCACAAUAAUGUUGGGGAAAAAGGAGUGUACGUAGUAGUUAUAAAACGGGCGUCGUUUGUUUCAGAUUUUAAUUCUCUCUUACAGUUAGGAAUCCUCUUCAUUUCUGAAGGAGCCCCUCAUUUAUUUCG